AUGCAAAAGAAGACAGCGGAAGCAGGCCCUACGGGGAUUUCGACGGUACUUUGGGAAUGGCGGAUGCAGUCCAUUGUUCUACUCGUGUCGUGUGGACUCCUCGGAGCAAUAUUUGGAGUUCUCCAGCGCAACCACGGCCAAAACACCGAGUAUUGGUCACUUUCCGGGAUGAGCCUCAAUGCCCUUGUUGCUACUCUUUCGGCGGUUCUCCGAGCGAUGAUCCUUGGCAUAGUUGAAGAAGUUAUCAGCCAGCAUAAAUGGAUCUGGCAACUUACACCUCGCCCUGUUCGUCAUCUGAGCCAUAUCGAUCAAGCCAGCAGAGGACUUUGGGGUUCUAUCCUGCUUCCUGCCAGGCUUCGUGCAUGGUUUUCGUACUCGUACAUCGGAUGCCUCCUAGUGCUGCUCUCCAUUAGCGUCGGUCCCUUUUCUCAACAAGCUGUGGGGACCAGAAUCUGCGACAAGCCUGUCCCCAAUGCUCAAGCAAAACUCCCCUACACCUAUUCAGGGGUCCCAACCAGUCGCGUUGGAGCUGGGAACUACAUCACUGAACCAGGUUUCGCCAGUGCCGUCAUUGGUGCAUCCACAGGUGCAAUAAACGUGAACCCAUCGACACUCUUGGAGGGUUGCACGACUGGUAACUGCUCGUUUCCAAGCAUCAUCGGGGACGUAUCCCUUUCCACCAUGGGUAUCUGCUCAAAGUGUAUUGAUACAACACACUACAUCCGAGAAUUGACAGUCAACGAGAGCACCGUCGUUGGACUUCCGGAGGUAGCCAACUUUACGGACAGCAGCACCGCUCGAGCCAACUUUUUCUCGGUGAAGCAGUACAGCAUUGAAUGGGCCCGAGAAGACUUUGACGAGGACUUUCUCAGUGUUUUAGCAGCGUCCGUUGAUAACCAUACCUUCCUUGCCGCUACGCCACAUGGUUGCGAGUACAAGAACGACACGAGCCGCAUCAGCAAAUGCGUUCCUCCGUCCUCCAAUGGUAUUCUUUUGGAUAUUUCUGGGGGAAGUGACGUAAUUGCCAACGUCUUCGCGGGUACGUGUUCGUUUUACUGGUGUAUGAGGCACCACAAGGUAGACGUGGAGCAGGGCACGCUGUCUGAGACCCUCGUCGCCGAGAGCCCGGGUUUCUUCACAGAGCCAUCUGCUGAACUCUACAGGAAUGUCACAUUCUGGAAACCUACAUGCCAGGUGGGAGAUGAGGUCUUGGAUCUUACAAGGGCCACGACGAUCGGGUACGACGAUGACUCUUUCAAGGUCCAGAUGAAGGGCCCUGGGACUGAGCAGCGUGAUAUACCCGCAAGCUCGAAUUGUACCGUCAUGACCUCGUCACUUGGAAGACAGGCACUAGAGAAUAUCUUGUCAGUCCUAGAUGGUCAAUGCAACUACCGAGGAAAUGUACCCGUGUAUACUUUGCGGCAAAGAUGGGAGAAUAACUACUGCGACCCUUGGAGUCUGACGGGCCUGCUGAAUGGUGGCAGCAUGUCAUUUGCCUCUACUGUCAACACCACGGCUAGAAUUGCAACAGCUCUUACGAACCGUAUGCGAGAGAUCGCGGUGCAACGAAACUUCGUGGUCGACGAGUUCAACCCUCUCGCCGAGCCUGGCGGUUACAUAUACGGAGAGGUGAUCCAGACCGCCGUCUGUACUGAGUUCUUGUGGCGCUGGCUUCUUGGUCCUGCGUUGAUUCUGUUAGUCACGUUUGUAUUUCUGAUGUACUCUGUCGUCCGUUCUGUCGUCCGUAGGAACCUCGAGCCUCUGUGGAAGAGCUCCCUACUGCCAGCACUGUAUCUCAACCCAGGGUCAGAAUCUCUUGCUAGUGAAGAUAGUAACGUGGAGCUGGAGAAGAGGGCCGAUGGUGACAUCGUGGCUCUGACUAAAACUAGCGAGAAUACGUGGGAGUUACUGAAGGAGGAGGAUAACGGCGACGGAUCACGGCGAGGGACAGAAUAUGAAAUGGUGAUGGACUGGUCAGAACGUGAGGGUUGA